CUUCCUUUCGGCGUUGUUGAGAGGGUAUAAAAGGUGGGAGCCGUGAUUCAAAUUCAAACAUACUCCCAUCGUGCCGUGCCUGCGAAUCUGCCAGUUCUUUGCCUAUACAGCAACCACCAUGGUCCGCUCCACCCUCUACCUGAACGUCGCCCUCGCGGCAAUCGCUCAAGCCCUCCCAACUGCCUCCGACGAGCACAAAAUCAUCGAAGCCGGCUUCAGCCCAAUCGACACAGCUCCCUUCGCACCAGCACCAAUCUCCGAAGAAGAUCUCACGCCCAUCACCUCAGCGACAGAGCUCACGGCCGAAGAAGUUCUCGCGGGACUCGAUAUCUCCAAGCGCCAAAGCUCUUGCGCCUCAGGCGUCUACAUGAUCGUCGCUCGCGGAUCCGGCGAACCACAAGGCCCAGGUCGUCUUUCUCAAGUUGUCCAGCUCAUCGGGCAAAGAAUUCCAGGCUCAGUUUUCACCAGUGUUGUCUACCCAGCCAACAUUAUCGACUUUGGUGCUCCAGCUUAUCCUUUCUCUGUACGAGAAGGUAUUCGAGAAGUUCAGCGAUUGAUCGAAGCGAGAGUAAACCAAUGUCCCAACGAGCGAAUUGUCCUCCUCGGGUAUAGCCAAGGCGCGAAUGCGUGCUCGACAGGAUUGGCUGGAAGUGGAUUUGGAAAUCCACCUUUGAAGGAGAACCUGCGAGGAAACAUCCGCGGCGUUGCCCUCUUCGGCGACCCAGCCCAAGCCGCCAACCAAGCCUACAACCGCGGCACUGCAACCGAUGGGGAAGGGAUUCUCGGCCGCACAGACUUCAGCCUUCCAGAAUUGAGUCGAUAUUCGAGCCGUUUGCUGCAGUGGUGUGAUCGCGGUGAUCGUGUUUGUGCGGAGAACAUCGAGCCAUAUGAUGGUGCAGUGCAUUCGAACGUUGUAUCGAGAUAUGCCAAUGCUGCGGCGAACCAUAUUGCGAAUGUGGCGACGAGGUAGAUGUGACCCGGGUACAGUGGGUUCUGAACAUAUAGUGACCCAGGCACCAGAUAUUAGCACAGGUCCAACGAAUGAUCCCAAUGAGAUUUUGAUGUC